AACAGUAGCCGUGAUCCGGUCAAACACAACCGUGCCACCCCAAUCUGAUGGCCCUUUGACCUUCCAUGGGAAAAAUAAUUACCACUGCCGACCCUACGCAGCCCGGGAGAUCCUACCUGUCACUCGGGAUUUAGCAGGCCCCUGAUGAGCGUAACCUUCGUCUCCCCUUUUUUCUGGGCAUCGAGGCCGGACCCCAUGACCCAUCAUCUUCCACGAAUAAUCGGAACUGCUCUCGCCACGAUAGUAGGACCAAAACGGCGAGGUCACCAUGGGGAUCCGCAGGUCCCCGGUGUCUGGCUCACCACUACUACGGGGGAUGGGCCCAAUAUUGGCGGUUUGGAAUUAACACCCAAGCUAGAACCCGCUAGAGUGUCACCAGAACCUGUUGACUGGAGACGUCAGAUUACCAUGCGCUCUUGUCGAGCAAGCGCCCGAGAUUGGAUGUUGGGCGCCCGAUAUUGCUCUGGCGUGGCCCGCAGCAUCUGGCGCCUCCCACGCCGUCUCCCUACCAAGCAGCCGGCCGGUAGCCGUAGCGGUAGGCCAUCGGAGGAUCGAGAUGAGGAGGGAUUCCAGCCCGUAUUCGGUUUCGGUACUUGUACCUGAGGGGGUCCCUAAGGGUAAUUUAUGAGGGCGACUGGGCCAGUCCCGUCGCAUAGCCUGCCGGGGAGUUCUGGGGGCGAUCCCGGCGCGAGCUAA